UGCCUUCUCCGCGGAGCGGGCGCGGGCUGCGGAGCCCACCGAGAGCGCGGCUGGCCAGUCCCUGCGCGGCCACCUGCCCGAGCCCUGCGAGGACCGCGCGUCCCGCUCGCAGACCUGGCGAUGCCGAGCGGCGCCGCCUGGGCGCUGCUGCUGGCUGCGGCGCUGGGGCUCUGGGCGCACGGGGUGCGCGGCGCCGUGGCCCUCGCCGACUUCUACCCGUUCGGCGCCGAGCGCGGCGACGCCGUCACCCCAAAGCAGGACGACGGCGGCUCGGGGCUGCGGCCGCUGUCGGUGCCCUUCCCGUUCUUCGGCGCCGAGCACUCCGGCCUCUACGUGAACAACAACGGCAUCAUCUCCUUCCUCAAGGAGGUCUCCCAGUUCACCCCCGUGGCCUUCCCUAUCGCCAAGGACCGCUGCGUGGUGGCGGCCUUCUGGGCAGAUGUGGACAACAGGCGUUCAGGUGACGUCUACUACCGGGAGGCCACGGACCCAGCCACGCUGCACAGAGCCACGGAGGACAUCAGACGCUACUUCCCUGAGCUCCCAGACUUCUCUGCCACCUGGGUCUUUGUCGCCACAUGGUACCGAGUGACCUUCUUUGGAGGCAGCUCUUCUUCUCCUGUCAAUACCUUCCAGACGGUGCUGGUCACCGACGGCAAGUCCUCCUUCACCAUCUUCAACUACGAGUCCAUCUCAUGGACCACAGGCACUCAUGCCAGCAGUGGGGGCAACUCUGCUGGCCUGGGGGGCAUCGCAGCCCAGGCAGGCUUCAAUGCGGGCGAUGGGCGGCGCUACUUCAACAUCCCUGGCUCGCGCACCGCGGACAUCGCAGAGGUGGAGACCACCACCAACGUGGGUGUGCCCGGGCGCUGGGCGUUCAGAAUCGAUGAUGCCCAGGUGCGCGUGGGGGGCUGCGGCCAUACAACCUCUGUGUGCCUGGCCCUGCGCCCGUGCCUCAAUGGCGGCAAGUGCAUCGAUGACUGUGUCACCGGCAACCCCUCGUACACGUGCUCCUGCCUCGCAGGCUUCACAGGGCGGAGGUGCCACCUGGAUGUGAACGAGUGUGCUUCACACCCGUGUCAGAAUGGCGGGACCUGCACCAAUGGUGUCAACAGCUUCAGUUGUGAAUGCCCAGCUGGCUUCAGGGGACCCACCUGUGAGUCGGCCCUAUCCCCAUGUGACAGCACAGAGUGUCAAAAUGGCGGCCAGUGCCAGGCGGAGAGUGGCUCUGCAGUGUGUGUGUGCCAGGCCGGGUACACAGGGGCCACCUGCGAGACGGAUGUGGACGAGUGUGGCUCUGACCCCUGCCUAAAUGGAGGGUCAUGUGUCGACCUGGUGGGGAACUACACCUGCGUGUGUGUGGAGCCCUUCGAGGGACCUCGCUGCGAGACAGGAAGCCACUCAGUGCCUGACGCCUGCCUCUCUGCCCCCUGCCAGAAUGGGGGCACCUGUGUGGAUGUGGACCAGGGCUACGUGUGCGAGUGCCCGGAAGGCUUCAUGGGCCUGGACUGCACGGAGAGAAUCCCCAGUGACUGUGAGUGCCGCAACGGAGGCAGGUGCCUGGGUACCAACACUACCUUCUGCCAGUGCCCCCCAGGGUUCUUUGGACUCCUGUGUGAAUUUGAAGUCACAGCCACACCCUGCAACAUGAACACCCAGUGCCCAGACGGAGGCUACUGCAUGGAGUACGGUGGGAGCUACCUGUGUGUCUGCCACACGGGCCACAAUGUCACCCACGCCCUGCCAUCGCCCUGCGACUCAGACCCUUGCUUCAAUGGAGGUUCCUGUGACUCCCACGACGACUCCUACACGUGCGAGUGCCCGCGCGGAUUCCACGGCCGGCACUGCGAGAAAGCCCGGCCACACCUGUGCAGCUCAGGGCCCUGUCGGAAUGGGGGCACGUGCAAGGAGUCAGGGGGCGAAUACCACUGCAGCUGCCCCUACCGCUUCACCGGGAGGCACUGUGAGAUCGGGAAACCAGACUCCUGCGCCUCCGGCCCCUGUCACAACGGUGGUACCUGCUUCCACUACAUUGGCAAAUACAAGUGUGACUGUCCCCCAGGCUUCUCCGGGCGGCACUGUGAGAUAGCCCCCUCCCCCUGCUUCCGGAGCCCAUGUGUAAAUGGGGGCACCUGUGAGGAUCUAGGCAUGGAUUUCUCCUGUCACUGCCAAGCAGGGUACACAGGACACCGGUGCCAGGCAGAGGUGGACUGUGGCCGCCCAGAAGAGGUGAAGCAUGCCACCAUGCGCUUCAAUGGAACUCGCCUGGGCUCGGUGGCUUUGUACACAUGUGACCAUGGCUACAGCCUGAGUGCCCCCAGCCACACCAGCAUCUGCUUGCCGCAAGGUGUCUGGAGUCAGCUUCCCCAGUGCUUAGAAGUGGACGAGUGUCGGUCUCAGCCAUGCCUGCAUGGGGGCUCCUGCCAGGACCACGUUGCCGGGUACCUGUGCCUCUGCAGCAGAGGCUAUGAGGGAGCCCACUGUGAACUGGAGGUGGAUGCCUGUGACCCCAGCCCCUGCCAGCACGGAGGGAGGUGUGAGAACGGCGGUGGGGCCUACCUGUGCGUCUGCCCCGAGGGCUUCUUCGGUUACCACUGUGAGACAGUGAGUGACCCCUGCUUCUCUAGCCCCUGUGGGGGCCGCGGCUACUGCUUGGCCAUCAAUGGGUCCCACAGCUGCACCUGCAAAGUGGGUUUCACAGGCAAGGACUGUGCCAAAGAGCUCCUUCCACCGACGGCCCUCAGGGUGGAGAGAGUGGAGGAGAGUGGGGUCUCCAUCUCCUGGAGCCCACCCGAGGGCCCUGCCACCAGGCAGGUGCUCGAUGGCUAUGCGGUCACUUACGUCUCCUCCGACGGCUCCUACCGCCGCACGGACUUUGUGGACAGGAGCCGCUCCUCACACCAGCUGAGGGCUCUGGCGGCAGGCCGGGCCUACAACAUCUCCGUCUUCUCCGUCAAGCGCAACACCAACAACAAGAAUGACAUCAGCAGGCCUGCAGCCCUGCUCACCCGCACACGCCCCCGCCCCAUUGAGGACAUAGAGGUCACCAACGUGUCAGCUGAUGCCAUCUCAGUGCGGUGGGCUCUGCACAGGAUCCAUCAUGCCACCGUCAGUGGAAUUCGAGUGUCCAUUCUCCACCCUGAGGCCACCGAGGCCCAAUCCACCGAGGUGGACAAGAGCGUGGACCGACUCACGUUUGGGGCCCUGCUGCCAGGAAGGAGAUACACCGUGUGGGUGGCCGCCCUCAGUGGGCCUGGGGGAGCAGAGCAUCCUACAGAGAGCCUGGCCUCCGUGCCACUGCACGUGUGGACACGUCCCCUGCCUCCAGCAAACCUCACGGCUUCCCGAGUCACAGCCACCUCUGCCCAUGUACUCUGGGACACCCCCACUCCAGGCACAUCACUGGAGGCAUAUGUCAUCAACGUGACCACAGGCCAGAGCACCAAGAGCCGCUACGUCCCCAACGGGAAGCUGGUGUCCUACACUGUUCGGGAUCUGCUGCCAGGGCGGCGGUACCAGCUCUCGGUGAUGGCUGUGCAGAGCAGCGGGCAGGGCCAGCUGCACAGCGAGCCCGCACACCUCUACAUCAUCACGUCAGGGUCAGAUGCCGGGGACAGCGUGGCCACUCCCCUUCCUCCCACCUGCUCUGCAGCCCCCAGAGAUGGCACUGACAGACGCUGGCACCAGGGAGGACAUCACCCACGGGUGCUCAGAAACAGACCGCCCCCAGUGCACCUGCCAGAGCUGCGUCUACUCAACACCCACGGCGCCCCCGGAACACCAACCCCGCCCCCGAGCUUCUCGGAGCUUGUGGACGGAAGAAGAAGAAUAAGUGCCAGGUUCGGGGUCCUGCCCAUCACCUCAGCCACAGAGAGACCACAACCCACAACCCCAGUGCCACUCGGGAACACAGAAGAGGCCCCCCAGCAGACCCACGUGGUCCUCCAGCUCCCCAAAGACAGCGACAAGGAUGCUGAAAGCGCCCCUGAGAGCUGCUCAGAAGGUGCCUGUCAGAAUGGAGGCACCUGUGUGCCAGGUGCGGAUGCCCACCACUGUGACUGCGGGCCAGGCUUCAAAGGCAGGCGCUGUGAGCUCGCCUGUAAAAAGGUGCCCCGCCCCUGCACUCGACUGUUCUCGGAGACAAAGUCCUUUCCGGUCUGGGAGGGAGCCGUCUGCCACCACGUGUACAAAAGAGUCUACAAAGUUCACCAAGAUGUCUGCUUCAAAGAGCACUGUGAGAGUACCAGCCUCAAGAAGCCCCAUACAGUUGUUUCAGGAAACAAAGUAACCGUCAAACACUGAAGAAACAAAAGGUACCAUUCCCCUGUGCCCCGAGAGCUGCUGGGAAGAGGGAGAGGGGCCCACCUACCCGGGGCCUCUGAGAGCGCUGCCACUCCCUAGGCCCUGCUAAAGCCUCAGGCCAGGUGGCUUCAGGUCCCUGACUCAGGCCUCCCAGCAGACAGAGCCCGGCCGAGCCACAGACCCAAACUCAUCUCCAGGAGGAAGUGAGGCUCUGGGGUGAGGGCGUAUCCUGCCUUCUCUCAAGGGAACAAGGAGCAGCUGCCACAGGGGCUCACAGAAAGCUGGAAGACCACCCGGCGCCUGGAGGGAGGAGACCACAUGGAGGGAGGCCUGAGGUGCUGAGGAAUUCUGGGGAAACCCCGGAAUGGUAUCAUACUGGAAGCUAAAAUGGAGGCCUUAGUCAAGAAACAUUUGGCAAGUCCUGAAGACGGUCCCCGACCAAGAUGGUCACAGGAGACACUGGAAUUCUAAGCAUCGUGGACUCUGGGAUGGAAGAAAUUUUACCUUUGUUCAAUCCAGCAUUUCCCAAACUCUUUUGGCAAACAAACCCCACCCAACCCCUGCCUCCCUACACGCCACUCUGCUGGCUCUUUCAGAGCACUGGCACUCUUCACAACACUGUGGAGACACCGGGCCACACUACGAGACCCCAUGAAGCUCUCGGCUCCACCUCUCCAAGAGCCCACAGAGCCUGCCUUCCUAGCACUGGGGGACAGGGAGGCUCUGUGGUCAUGGGCCCUUUCAGGGUCCUUACUUCUGGGCUGAGAAAACAGAAUGUCUAAAAAGCCAAGGAGCAUUCCAGCUGGCUCAUACACUGAGGGAAAGACAAGCUCCCCCGGGCCCCCGGGAGACCUCGCAAGCAGCAGGGUCCCAUCUCAGAUGGGACUUCUCUCUGCGAAAGCAGCCGACAGUGCCGGGCUCCUUCCACUCUGGGCACCACCUCCCCUGCUGACUCUGCCUCUAAGGACACACAAACAGACAGUCGAGGGCUUGCGGGCAGUCCAACCCUGGUGAGGUCAAGAGCCCACAUACACCAUCUGGGUGGGAAAUAUCUGCAUGGCAGUAAGUCUCCUGAAAUAUUAUGCAUCUUUUUAAAAGCUCACCUAGCAAACCCAUUUCCAUAGAAACAAAUGAGAAACCCCCAGCUAAUGAUGGAUCACCAGCUGUGGAGCACAUCUGUUCUUAUGACACGCUGGGGCAAACACAAGCAGGAAACAGGAGCACACCACUCAGACGCCGCCAGGAACCACAUGGAGACUCCUUCAACACAGAGCAGCCUGGUGGGUGCCCAGUGGAGGUGGGUGGAGGGGCAGCCACCUGCUGAUGCCAGUCUAAGAACCCAGUGCCCGCUCAGGUUCCCAGGAUGGGCACAGGUCCUCCCCCACUCCAGGCCCUGCCUCCCUGCACUCAGGCCAGGCUUGGGCUCAAAGGGCAGCGGGGAGGGCAUGCCUGGUGCUCUUCUCGUGUCUGGAUCUGUUGAUCCUUCAAAGGACUUGGGACGAGCUCACUACACUCCACCCACCUUAGGAGUUUCCAAAACCUAGGAAGAUGAGCUCUAAAAACUGGAUACAGAAAAGGAUACAGAAACAAGGCCCUGGAUGGGUCAGUUCCCUUUGUGACCUCUGGCCUCAGGCCUCUAGAAAACAGAUGGCCAGGCCUGCACACACACCAGCCCCCAAGAGUCACUGAAGCACCUACGAUCUAGCGCAAGCUAUGGCAUCCCUGAGCAUGGUCUAUCCUCCACGCAGCUGGCCUAGCGGGGCCAUUAACAUCACUUCUGCAGUGCUUAGAAACCAGCCCUCAGAUUCCAGUGUGAGAAAGGUCUCCCGAACCAGGAGGAGGACAGACUUCUACCACAGACGUGGGCAGUGGGGAAGUGGAGACAAGGUGAAUCCUCCUACCUGCUGCACAUCAUUCAUGCUGCAUAUGGUCCAUGCAUUUGGAGGUGGAAGUGUUCAUUACUACUAAAAUGGAGCUUGGACAGUUUCAGGCUGCACUGUGAUUGCAGACUUCUUGUGCAGGGCAGUGAAUGCUUCUGGCUUGCAGAUCAGAGGCUCUGUGGCCACUGCUCAGCUCUGCCUCUGCAGCAUAGCCAUGGAUGUGCAGCUGAAUGUGUGUGGCUGUGCUCCCCUGAAGCUCCACUCAAAAGAAUAGUCACAGGGUGGACCUCUGAUAUGUGAGGUCACCCAGGCUUUGGCCUCAUGUAGUGGAAGCCAUCCCCUGGGUGACAAGUCACCACCAAGGCUCCAAAGACCCACAGAAGACUUACACAGAAAAAAAAAAAAACAAAAAAAAACACCCUCCUCAGAAAGCCAAGGCACACCACCAUGAAGCAGCAAGUUCUUCUCGCCAGUCUGAAGCUAACAGAGGAACGCUCUGGGCAGGCUGGACGAGACCACACGCAGGGGUCCUUUCAGUCCAUGACCAGAGCAGACCUCUGGGGCCUCCAGGUAGAAACACAGCCUACCACACAUCAUAGAGCACGUGUGCGCCCCAGCACCGCCCCACACAGCUGUCUUCUCCCUGCAGUGUGGGCACAACUACAGUAGUCAGGCCCCUUUUCUCAGUGGAGGACAGCCACUCACACAACUAGAAAUGGAGCACAGUCACAUCAUGCCAGAGGCCUCCUUCCUCCUGGGGUCUAUAAAAGCAUUCUUUGAAGAGGUGCAUUUUAGAUUUAACUGAAAUGGUGUGUGCACACCUGUGCACUGUGAAGUUUGCUGUUUUCAGAAGGGAGGAAGAAUGAUUCAAGAAAAACCCUACUGUGCCCUGCAAACAUCCAAGGACAGAUGGCCCCAGACACAGUCAGUCAGAAGCCAGUCCACAGACAUGCAGGCUGACCUCCACUGCAGCACCAGGCCCAUCACUGUCCCUCUACAUGACACCCCAGAUCACUAGGAAAUAGCAGGACCAAGGUCACCCCACGAUAGGAGAUGAGACUUUCUCUACCACACUGAAGACCAAGACCCUUAGCCACCAGCCAGCCAUGACCUGGACCCGGGUGUUAGCUCAGAGUCUUUGUUUCAACAAGAGACAGAGCAGGAUGCUGUGCUGUCACGCUGUCAACCCACAUUGAGGCCACACAGGUGGAGUGUCUGGUAAAAGAAUGUCCCAGUAUUGAGGGGUUACAGUCCACCCAGACAUCCCAGGGAGUGGCCACUGCUGUUCUAAAAUGUCCUUCUUAAGACUAACAUCUUCCUCAGAAACACUUCAAGUCCAUCUCAGCAAAGGUCACAUGGAACCAGAACAGGAAAUCCGAAUGCCGAGGUCACCGUCUGCCACCAGCACUGGGGAUGAGUGGCCCUCUAAUCACACUCAGGCCACCGUCUGCCACCAGCACUGGGGAUCAGCGGCCCAUUUAAUCAUGCUCAGGCUUAGGAUUCUUCUCAGCUCUCAUGGGGCCCAAAAAAGUGAUGGUCACUGGAUAACACAAAGUGAAGAGCAAGCAGCAACCUGGCAGUGAGCACCUGCACUCCCCGCUCACCCACAGCCACAGAUAGCCCUUUCCCCAGAGCCUUCACUCAUGUGCUCCCUGUGGAGACCCAUAGGCCCCUGCACCUUCCUUAGCAGGACCUCCUCCACUAGCAGCUACUGCUUUUCUUUGCAGCCCAGCCCCAUGGUGCGUGGAGAGCACAGGCACCUCCACACCUCAGCACUGAAUCCCCACAACCCAGCCUAGGCCUGCCACGACCCCACUCUGAAGGAGGAACACAGCUAAGUCACCCACCUCCUGCAGUCCUCAGCCAGGCUGCAGCAUGGUUUCUGAGCCUUGGCACUGACACCUGGGGCUGACCAUGAGUGUGGGGCUCCCUGUAUGUCAGGGUGUUCUGCAGCAUCCCUGGCCUCUGUCCAUAGAUCCUAGCAGCACCCUACACCAGGGUCAUGGCAACCAGUAUGUCUCCCAAGACUUCCAGAUGUCCUGAGGAUCAAGGCCACCCCCAGGUAAGCACUGUGGCCUUGAAGGAUUCUCACAUACAUGAGAAGAAUGAGGCCAAGCAUCAGAGGAGUGUCAUGUGACUAAUCAAAUGCCACCAAGCAGACCCAAGGUGCUUUCUGUAGCACCAAUCCUCGCAGUACCCUUACGAAAAGCAACAGAGAACCUUCUAGGAGGCCCUAGUCCUCUGGGCCCCUCUGAGCACUCGCACCAUCAAUGCCAGGCUUCUACCUCAGAGUUUGCCUCACCCCAUUUCCAGCAUGUCACACUGCUCCUCACACCCCUGUUCCCCAGGGUGAUGUCCACACCCUGGGCAUUUGAGGAGCCCUCUGGAACAAAUCCACGAGCAGUCCUGGGCCUGCGCUCUUCUCCUCUGGUCCUCAGAACCUGUUGUCACGCAGUGGGGUAUGACUGUCUCAGCCUGCUCCCCAGCCCCUCCCGAGCCAGCACUCUCCAGACCCUCACUCUGGCAGCAUUAGCAACAGGUCAGAGAAUCAGGCCUGGAGUGACCACCAGGAGCUGGCAGAAAGCCAACAUGACUGAGCUGGAAGGACGGGUCUUCAGAGAUAAGUGCUGCUGCUCUGCGGGCCUGCAGAAGCCGUGCACAAUCCCAGAACACAUCACCAGCAGCGCCUUUCAUUCUGCUAUACACUGAAUGCAACUGAGUAGCAAUGAGAUGUUUUGGAUUAAAAACAGGAGUAUUUUUAUGGAAACUCGCUGCUUGUUUUCAUAAAAUAAAGUGCUAUGAUGUA